CGAUAUCUAUUCAGUAGAAUCGAAUUUACGUAUGUAAAUAUAAACAGGCAAAAGCGGAGGCCGCGUCUCAAAUUUUAAGAUAACGACGGGUAUAUAAACUUUAAACUGGACUAACAUGAGACAUAACUUCAAGAGAACACUUAUACGAUGGCUUUCAAAAUCGCGUGCGUAGUCUUAGCUCUGGCAGUGGCCGCCCUCGGUCAUCCCCAGUAUGGCGGUAGCGGCGGUCAUGGAGGUCAGAGUGGCCACGGCGGUCAGAGUGGCUACGGCGGUCAGAGUGGCCACGGCGGUCUGAGUGGCCAAGGCGGUCAGAGUGGCCACGCCGGUCAUGGCAGUCAGGGUGGUUUCGGUCAGGGAGGACAGGGUCAGCAAGGUUUUCAACAUGACCAAGGAUUUGGUCAAGGAGGAUUAGGCGGACAAGGUGGUCAAGGCCAGGGUGGUUACGGUGGCAGCCAUGGCAACCACGGUGGCGGAUACCAGCAACACGGAUACUAAAGAACACAGAUGAAGAUCUAACCUGCAAAACUUAAUAGUAUGACUACUCAUCAACAUAAAUCAUCCUCAGUACGAGUAUUUUAGUCUUAAAUUCAAACAUAAAACAAUAUCGUCAAGGAAUCAACCGUUCAAGGCUUGUCAGAUAACCCACCAGAAUUUGUUUUUAAACAAUAUUAAAACUGUAAAUAAAUGUACCUAACAACAA